UCCUCUUGAUUCUUCUUUAGAAUAAUUUGGAUGGGAUUCGUGAUGCAGAAAAGCUUAAAGAAAAAAGAAUAACCAUUCUUUGUGGUGGAAAAUUUAGGGGGGAAAAACACUGCUUUCUUCAAACAAGGGUACCAUUUUGAUAUCUGUGGGGAUCGUUGGAUCGUUGUUCUCACCAUGAAGGCAUCUGUUACUGAAGUGUUCCUUGUUUUGCUGGUAACUGGAAUACAUUCAAAUAAAGAAAUGGCAAAGAAGAUUAAGAGACCCAAAUUCACUGUGCCUCAGAUCAACUGUGAUGUCAAAGCUGGGAAGAUCAUCAAUCCUGAGUUCAUGGUGAAGUGUCCAGCAGGAUGCCAAGACCCCAAACACCACGUUUACGGCAGCGGCGUCUACGCGUCUUACUCCAGCGUGUGUGGCGCCGCGAUUCACAGUGGUGUGCUGGAUAAUUCAGGAGGGAAAAUACUCGUCCGGAAAGUUGCUGGGCAGUCUGGUUACAAAGGAAGUUACUCAAAUGGCGUUCAGUCCCUGUCCCUACCCAGAUGGAGAGAAUCCUUCAUCAUCUUAGAAAGUAAACCCCAAAAGGGUACAACCUACCCAUCAACUCUUACAUAUUCAUCAUCCAAAACUCCAGCUGCCAAAGCAGGUGAGACCACCAAAGCCUAUGAGAAUCCAUCCAUCCCAGGGACGACCACACAGCCUGUCACCCUGACACAAGCUCUAACUCUCCCGGUAGCCGAGGCCACCCACAGAGCCACCUCAGUGCCAUUGGCAACAUCUGUCACCAGCAGCCCCAGACCCCAACCUGUGGGCCACAGGAGCCGGGAGAUGGGAGAGAUGGACUCGUGGAAGCCUGGACCCAUCCUUUUAGAUUCAGGAUUUGUGCCAAAAGAAGAACUCAGCACACAGUCUUCCGAGCCAGUGCCCCAGGGAGAUCCAAACUGCAAAGUUGACUUGUCGUUCUUAAUCGACGGGAGUGCCAGCAUCGGCAAGCGCCGCUUCCGGAUCCAGAAGCAGUUCCUUGCGGAUGUUGUGCAGGCUCUUGACAUCGGCCCUGCUGGUCCUCUCAUGGGCGUUAUUCAGUAUGGAGACAACCCUGCUACCCAGUUUAACCUCAAAACUCACAUGAAUUCUCAAGAUCUGAAGACAGCUAUUGAGAAAAUUACCCAGCGAGGAGGCCUGUCUAAUGUAGGCCGCGCCAUUUCCUUUGUCACCAAGAACUUCUUUUCCAAAGCAAACGGAAACAGGGGUGGUGCUCCCAAUGUGCUUGUGGUCCUGGUGGAUGGCUGGCCCACAGACAAAGUGGAAGAGGUGUCUCGAGUGGCCAGAGAGUCAGGGAUCAAUGUCUUCUUCAUCACCGUCGAAGGGGCUGCUGAAAGUGAGAAGCAGAACGUGGUGGAGCCCAACUUUGCCAUCAAGGCGGUGUGCAGAACAAAUGGCUUCUACUCCUUCAACGUGCAGAGCUGGUUCAGCCUUCACAAGACGGUGCAGCCGCUGGUGAAGCGGGUGUGUGACACGGACCGCCUGGCCUGCAGCAAGACCUGUUUAAACUCUGCCGACAUCGGCUUCGUCAUUGACGGCUCCAGCAGCGUGGGCACGAGCAACUUCCGCACAGUCCUGCAGUUCGUGGCCAACCUCAGCAAGGAGUUUGAGAUCUCAGACACAGACACGCGCGUCGGGGCCGUGCAGUACACCUACGAGCAGCGGCUGGAGUUUGGGUUCGACAAGUAUAACAGCAAAAUUGACGUCCUCAGUGCCAUCAAGAGGGUGGGGUACUGGAGCGGGGGCACCAGCACGGGGGCUGCCAUCCAGUAUGCCCUGGAACAGCUCUUCAGUAAAUCCAAACCGAACAAGAGGAAGGUGAUGAUCCUCAUCACCGACGGCAGGUCCUACGAUGACGUGCGGAUCCCAGCCAUGGCGGCCUACCAGAAGGGGGUGAUCACGUACGCAGUAGGCAUCGCGUGGGCUGCUCAGGACGAGCUGGAGAUAAUAGCCACCCACCCUGCCAGGGAGCAUUCCUUCUUUGUGGAUGAGUUUGACAACCUCCACAAAUUCGUGCCCAGGAUCAUCCAGAAUAUUUGUACAGAGUUCAACUCGCAGCCCCGGAACUGAGUUUGGAGCAGAGAGUGGCAAACGCCGCUUUACUGAUUCUUGGGACCAUCCUCUUUGGGGGGCGUAAGGGGGUGGCGGGCAGGGCUUGGGUAGAGCUUGGGGGAACGCAUGCACGGUUUACAUUCUUCGCUUUUGGUGGUUUAAGUGAUUCAAAAUUUGCCAGUUAAAAAUCUGACUAUCAAGUUGCAGGUUGGGUUCAAAUACUGCAUUGUUUUUGCACGUGCUGAAGAAUUUUGACAGUUUUUUGACAGUUGUUUCCAAAACGUAUAUCCAGAAGAGAGUACAGCUCUUACUACAGGUUUGAAUUGAGCUUUUAUGAGAAGUUUGUUUAUAUUGCUCAUUAGACCUCUG